AUGGUUUCCCAAGAAUUCACUGAUAAGGCUAACGCUGUCCAAGCUUUGACUAAGCGUCCAUCUGAUGAUGAAUUAUUAAAAUUAUACGGUUUGUUUAAGCAAACUACCAUCGGUGACAAUGAAACUUCUAAACCAGGUAUGUUUGACUUGAAGGGUAAGUACAAGUGGCAAGCAUGGGCUGACUUGAAAGGUACCUCUCAAGAAGACGCUGAAACUCAGUACAUUGAACUCGCCGAUGAAUUACUCGCUAAAUACGCUUAA